AUGGCGGAUAUUGUCAGGCCUCCUCACCUUGAUUUCUGCUUGCUGCAGACCUACCACAUUAGUCCAAACAAGCUUGUGUUCGAAGACGAGUUAGAUCAGGGAUUCAAAAGCUCGCAACCUGCUGCCAAGUUUGAAUGUCCACCCUCACCUACCCUGGAGGAAAAUGAGUGCUUUGAUCGCGAAGCAGACACUGAUAUUAACAUGGGCAUGGACGUGGCUCCUAUUGACAGGGACUUUUAUGUUGACGACGAUGUUCGCGAAUACCCUUCCCAACCCGAUUCUCCUCCUCUAUACUUUCCACCAUCUGACGACGAGUCUCUUGACAACCAAAGUGUACUUUCUCUCAAUCUCGGCACUCCUGCUAUCACACAUGACAAGCAUCACAAAUGGGUCAGUACCAAGGGGGAUCCUGAAUACUUGUCAAAUGAUGCCAUCCUCGAGGAUGGCCCCGCACGAGAAGACCAAAGUGAGCCGGAGGAUAUCCUCCCGCACGCAUUAUUGGAGCAUCCAGCUCUUCUCAAUGGCUACUUGACCGUGUUUGUCAAUGCUGCAUACCGACAUGCAACACAUGCAGACACAGAGGCAACACUCACCCUCCUUCGCAGUACAAUCAAGACAUGUUAUCGAGACCUUGGCGGAGUUCCACCAGAACUUGACCUAGAUAACAUGGCUCACACUCUUCACACCAUGGAAAAACGCCUUGGUGUUGACACCAGCAAGAUUAUCACCACUUACAUUCUUUGUCCGUCAUGCUGGAAAAUGUACCAUCCCUCUGACUUUUGCACCUUAUGCAAUCUGACCUGCGCUGAACCAGAUUGCUCUACAACGCUGUUUCAAACCAAAUGCACAACAUCCGAGGGCGUAAAAAAAAUUCCUUUCAAGGUCAUGCCGGUCGCGUCAUUGAAAACUGUGCUUGCAAGGCUUCUUAUGUGUCCAGGGCAGUGGGACAAGCUGCAGCACUGGCGAAAAGAAGGAGAUGAUGAGCCAGCACCACCCAUCACACGUGAAGAAUGGUAUGCAACAAAGGCACUUGACGAGCCACUCUGCAACAUUUAUGAUGGUUGGAUGUGGUGUUCUGUUCCAACAGGCAUGACACACGAGUGGGAUGAGAGGAAUCAGAAGGUUAAAGACAUCAACAUCGAAAAUCUCCACCAAAGAUUUGUGUCGCUAAAAUGUGGUAUUGUAGUGCAUAUUAACAUUGACUGGUUCCGAGCUUUGAAACGUGCCAACUACUCUACUGGGACAUUGAAUGGGCUUCUUGAGCCAUUUGUUCGAGAGCUCGAAGAUCUCAGUGAAGAAGAGUUCUUCAAGGUGUUUGGACAUCAGGACCUUGAACAAAUUCACAUCGCGCUUCCAUUUGGAACUAUGGAUACACCUGCUCGCCUCAAAACAGCUGGAUUUGUCUCACAAAACUCGGAGGAGCAUAUAUGUCCAUGUUGCAAUGCACCAUUCUCGUCAUUAGUUGAUCCAGUUUGCUUUGAUCGCUCAAAAUUCUGCUACCGGAACCCAGAGAAGCAGCUCAAAUGGAAAUUUAUUUACAGAGAUUCCGAUGCUGACACUCGAAAGAACAUUGUGGAGAAGAAGGGUGUCUGUACUUCAAUUCUUGACAGGCUUCCGACCUGGAAUGGAGCUCUGAGCAUUCCAUCAGAAAUUAUGCACCUUUUCUGGGGCCCAGGUGCUUUUGGCCAGAUCCAUAGGGUCAUUCUCAUUGAGGGUUCCAUGUUCACAGGGACCGGAAAACGGGGAGAAAUCACACCCAUGGAUCGGCUUACUGAGUUUCUGGAAUUGUUGUGGUGGCCGAACAAUUCUGGAUGGUUCCAAAUCAAGAUUGCCAGUGGAGGAGAGCAUCCAAAAGCUGAUGAAUGGCACAAUUUUAUGCGAGUUUAUCCAGUUACACUCGCAGUUGCUUGGCAAAUGUGGACCCGUCAACCAGAUGAAGAUGCACCUGCUCCACGUAAAUGUACUAAGGUACACCAAGCUGUUCUUAAAUUGAAAGAGCUGCUGCAUAAGCGUCGUAUCAAAAACCUUGCUCGCGAUGAGGAUGCACAGGGCGAUGAUUACAUUGCUCUUGAAGACAUCGAGUAUAUCAAUACAUACGGUCCAGCAUAUGCGUGGUGGGUGUUUCCAUACGAGCGAGCCAUUGGUGUCCUUGGAAAGGCUAACCACAAUGGACAUGGAGGUGGCGAAGUCGAGGGGACAUUCAUGAGGGCUUGGUGGAAAAGUAUUUUGAUACAGGAGCUGUUGAUGCACCUACAGGCACGGCCUAAUUCAACAGACGAGGACGAAGAAAUUGUCCAGUUAUUGUUAAAAGCAGUCAAAGGUGGUGCAGAACUCGAUCGCCAGAGAGGAACACUCAUGAACUACCUUGCCCUUCUAUCUGCACUGGAAGACUCAGGUUCGUGA